UGCGUUCAAAUAUUCAAAUAGUUUAGUUUAGUUUUACAUUUUUGCAAUUUAAUUGUCUUCUGCCACUUCUUGUGAUCUUCUAUCCGUUUGUUUGAUUUACUUGUUUUACAUCAGUUCCCAAUCCAACCAAUAAAAUGGCAGAUGAAGUGAAAGAGAAGAAGAAGAGAAGCAAGAAGGAGGCGGCGCCCGCAGCUGCAGAGCCCGCACCGGCAGCCGCAGCCCCCGCACCCGCCGCCGCACCGGCAGCCAAGACUGGAUCCAAAAAACGGGCCCAAAGAACCGGAUCUAAUGUGUUUGCCAUGUUUACUCAGCAUCAGGUCCAGGAGUUUAAAGAGGCUUUCCAAAUGAUUGAUCAGGAUAAGGAUGGUUUCAUAUCGAAAAAUGAUAUCAGAGCUACUUUUGACGCUUUGGGCCGAAUUUGUACGGAUGCAGAACUUGAGUCAAUGAUCAAGGAGGCACCCGGACCUAUCAAUUUCACAAUGUUCUUGACCAUUUUUGGUGACAGAACUCAAGGAACUGAUGAGGAAGAAGUGAUUCUGAAUGCGUUCGCCCAAUACGAUGAGGGAAAUGGACUCUGCAAUGAAGACACCUUAAAACACGCUUUGGUCACUUGGGGCGAGAAGUUCAGUGCACAAGAGUGUGACACAAUAUUAGCGGAGGCGCCCACCGAUGGCAAGGGAAACAUCGAUAUUAAAAAAUUCGCUCAAAUCUUAACCAAAGGAGAGGACGAAGAGGGCGCCGGAGCAUAAAGUGUUCAUAUUAUGGAUCCAAUUGUUGACAUCCUAUUCACUA